GAGAUUUUGCCCGCAUUGCUUUUGUAGAUGUUGUUCUUCAAAGCCACUGUGUGAUCGUCGAUUUUGAAUUUGGUUUUAUUCAUAAAUACAAGUGCGAAUAAAUUGUAAAUAUUUGCAUAAACACAAUAUAUUUUUGUGAACUUUUUAAAUAACUCUUUUGAAUAUUUGAAUUAAAAUAUUCAACACAACAAAUACUUAAUCAAGAAAAGCGCAAGAAGGACUGUUUGAAGUGCAUUAUAUUUUUUUCAGUUCCAGUUAUUUAUAUACAAAAAUGGCCGACGAUAUAUAUUACUCCGCAAAAUACUACGAUGAAAAAUUCGAGUACAGACAUGUAGUUUUGCCCAAAGAACUUGUGAAGUUGGUACCAAAAACACAUCUGAUGUCAGAGGCAGAAUGGCGCUCAAUUGGUGUCCAACAAUCACGAGGUUGGGUUCAUUAUAUGGUACACAAGCCAGAGCCGCAUGUGUUGCUGUUUCGACGUCCAAAACAACAAUAAUUUCCCUUCAUCCCUUCGAACGAAAUGCGGAAUCCGUUAUUUGCGUCAAUAAACCUGUAAGCUAACAUCAUCUCUGCAGAGGCGAUCGGAAAUGAUUAACCAGAGCUAAACCUGGUUUAGUGUAAACAUCGCGUUAAUGCGUUAAUGGAAAUACAUUGCCAAGUGGGUUGACGUCAGUACUGGGUUCUGCAGCCAUAUUUACACACUUAUACCAUUAUUGUCUUUGCAAGCCAUACCAUUUUUGUUUUUUUUUUUUUGUUUUUUGAUAUAUUGAUAUAUUUUGCAAGGAGUGUACAUUGAACUAAUUUUGAAUAUAUUUAAAAGCUUUUGUAAAGCGCUUUCCCAAUGUAUUAAGAAAAUUGAUUUAUUCAAAAAAGAAAGGUUUUGUGAAUGAAUACUUCAGUUCUUCUAUUUAUAUAAGUUUGCUUAAAUUUGUGAUUUAAAAAACGAAAUAAAGUUAUCGUUGAGUUGUAAAAAGAA